AAAGUGGAAAUAGCCAGAGGGGUGGCAGGCGGCGGCAACAAUGUGGAAACGUCGCGGUCAAAAUUUUCAAAUCCCGGCCUUGCGCAUGCGCACUCCGGUGUAACAACAGAUCCAAGAUGGUGCUGGAAAGUACUAUGAUCUGCGUCGACAACAGCGAUUAUAUGAGAAAUGGAGACUUUUUGCCAACACGAAUGCAAGCUCAGCAAGACGCCGUCAGCAUGGUCUGCCAUUCGAAAACGAGAUCCAACCCUGAGAACAACGUUGGACUGCUCACCAUGGCUAAUGUUGAGGUCCUUGCAACUCUAACCACGGAUGUUGGCCGCAUCAUGUCAAAACUGCAUCAAGUUCAGCCGAACGGAUACAUUAGCCUUUUAACUGGAAUUCGCAUUGCCCACUUGGCACUCAAGCAUCGCCAGGGCAAAAACCACAAAAUGCGUAUCGUUGCUUUUGUCGGCAGCCCUGUUGAGAUGGAGGAAAAGGAACUGGUCAAGCUGGCCAAGAGACUAAAGAAAGAGAAGGUCAAUGUUGACCUUGUUAGCUUUGGAGAGGAGGUGACUAAUAAUGAUGUCCUCACUUCGUUCGUUAACACUCUGAACGGAAAGGAAGGAACUGGCAGCCACUUGGUCACUGUCCCACCAGGCCCACAUCUUUCGGAUGCUCUUCUGUCUUCCCCCAUAAUCCAAGGAGAGGAUGGAACUGGAGGCGCUGGACUUGGAACUUCAGGAUUUGAGUUUGGCGUUGAUCCCAAUGAAGAUCCUGAGUUGGCUCUUGCUCUGCGUGUUUCCAUGGAAGAGCAACGUCAAAGGAUGGAGGAUGAAGCUAGACGCACUCAAGCCGAGUCGGCUCAAGCAGCCCCCGCUGCCACUGAUGCUAGUGCCGAAGGAGGCGCUGAUGAUGCUCUGUUGGAACGUGCACUGGCCAUGUCCAUGGAAGGUGUUGACGAGUCUCGCAGUGCUGCUACUACUGGCUCUGCAAUGCCCGACUUUGGGAGCAUGACUGAGGAGGAGCAGAUUGCUUUUGCCAUGCGCAUGUCCAUGCAAGAUGCCCAGGAAACGCCAAUGGAAGUGGACGAGGGCACUGGAGGGGCAGCAGGUGGCGCGUCGGAAGAUUACGCAGAGGUGAUGAAUGACCCUGAGUUUUUGCAAAGUGUCUUGGAAAACCUGCCUGGCGUGGACCCUCAGAGCGAGGCUGUGCGCCAGGCUGUCGACAAUGUUGCCAAGGAAAAGAAAAAGCCUGCAGACAAAGAUCAGUCCAAGAAGUAAACUUGCAUUUAUCUCACACAAUUGAAAUCCGAUAGAUAUGAAUGCUUGCAAUAUUCUUAUUAAAUAAUUUCUCUGAUCCUCUGCUGUGCAAGUGAAUUCCACAUUACGUGUUUAUUUGAAUUGUAAUAAAAUAAUAUUGCUUUAAAAAACCAUUUUG